CGCCAUCUAGCGACUCGGUGGUUGCUAAAAACAAAACAAUUAUACCAGGCAUAUCCCAUCAAACGAAUAAUUACAUUGUGGCACGUAUCGUAUCGUUAGCAUUAAUUUGACACGUCAUAACAUUGGGUUAUUUGGAAAAAACGGACGCCACAAGUAGUAGUGUAUCGGCCACCAUACUAUUGCAUGGUAUUCUCGCGAUGUUGCCGCAACGGUGAGAUAGAAAAUGACGAUGCUAAUGCCGUGUUAGCAUUGUGCAUUGUCGCUUUUCCACAACUAAAUGGAAAAGACAGCACUCCACUCCGAUUGAGGAGUGUUUUCUGAUAUCCAGAGACUCGGAGUACAUCUUGCAUCUGGAUGGAUUCAGAGAUGUAGCCAAAAGUGAAGUGUCUCUUAUGAGCUUUUUGACCUCCCUCGACCAGACACACUUGGCAAGUCUUAACUCCUCUUAGGUGGCAUCUACUCAGGGCACCAGUUGUUUUUCAACAGUACAUAUCUAAGUGAACAUCCAGAUUUCUCCACCAUGCUGUUCUCUUUACGCGAACUUGUUCAGUGGCUAGGCUUUGCCACUUUUGAACUCUUUCUUCACUUACUGGCGUUGCUGGUUUUCAGCAUGCUGGUUGCCCUUCGUGCUGACAUGUUCACCGCCACGUUAAGCUGGUGGCUGGUGUUCGUCCCCUUGUUUGCCGCUGAUGGUCUCAGCACCUACUUCACAGCUAUAGUAUCCAUCCGGCUUUACCAGGAGAAUGAGAAACGCCUGGCAGUGCUGCGGCUGCUUUGGGUGCUGACGGUGCUCAGUCUGAAGCUGGUGUGUGAGGUGCUGCUGUGCCAAAAGUUGGCGGAGCAAGAACAAGCCAGAGACCUUUGGUUUGGCCUCAUCGUCUCACCACUGUUCAUCCUUCUGCAGCUGCUGAUGAUACGAGCAUGCCGAGUGAACUGAGGAGGUGGUUGGAUGUUUAACAUUGCAAGAAGCGGUUUUCAUCUGCUGUCAAGAAGUUUAAAGCACAACAAGGGUCUGUGCUUCAGUUUGGCUUUAUGGCACCACCUUGUUUGUUGUGAACAUGGAUCAAAGCCGUAUGUUCCACGUGUUGCACACAUUUAAUUUGUGUCUGUGUUUCUAAUUCAACCAAACUGAACAAAAACUGUCACUGUGUUUGGUUGUUUAGAUAUACAGUGCUUCAAAAUGUCUGCUGUAUUAUGGAGAAAGUCCUACCUUUGUCUCAAUGUAUUUUGAGAAUUUUUUUUACGUGUCCAUUCCAGCAACUUUUGACCUUGACGUUAGUCAUAGUCACGUGAUUUUAUGCUAAACAUUUGAUUUGCUCCUGACAAUAAAAUGAAGUCAACGAUAUAACAGCUUUGAGAGCAGUCAACAGACUGGGUUUUCACACAUUUGUGAGUUGUUGAGGGUGCAUGGUGUGAGAUAUUGCGUGGAUAUGGGACAUAAUAGUGCCUCUUAUUUGUGCAAUAGGUGAUAGACAACCUUUGAAGAAAAAAACAAUGCACAUAUGCACACAACGCAGUGAGGUACCGUGGGAUAAGAAACACGGCACAAGCAGUUGCACCAGUAAUGUUUUCUUCUUGGGUUGGAAAAUUAAGUUUAAGUGAGUCACUUUUCCUUUUUAUUUUGCCUGCUGCCCACACAUGUGCACAUAGAUGACACGCAUGUUGGCAAAUGGCAGCGGUGUCUAAAAUUGGCCAUUGUGCGGAAAGUACAUGGCGCUCUGUAUAUGUAGAUUUAGCUAAGACUUUGACAAGAUAUUUAUGAUUUGUUAUUACUGCAACUUAAGAUGUAUAUAAAAUGUAAAUAAACCAAUAUUUAAUCUUGUUCUUUUCUGAGAAGCUACUAGCGGGUAAAUCCUGAGUAACCCGGCCAGUGGGAGUCUAGCACUCCUUCAUUUAACCACAGGGAGGCGCUUUUGCCUUGGUGACAGAAAACAUUACUUUUACGCAAGCCAAAUCACUGGUUUCACAUUCCAUGAAAAAUCUAAUAGUCAGCAUACGUAGUCAUUUAUAAUUUGCGUGUUAUUGAGUAUAGGAACACUAGCAUGUAAUUGCCAUUAAAGCAAAAAUUGCCUU